UCCUCUCACAACCCACGUGAAUUCUCUUCUCUUGGCAAGAUGUGUUGUAACUACAGCAACUCCUGUGGCUAUGGCUGUGGAUGUGGCUAUGGCUGUGGAUGCAGUCCCUAUUAUGGCUGUGGUUAUGGCCUCCGUUAUGGCUGUGGUUAUGGCUCAGGAUAUGGCUGUGGCUAUGGCUCCUGCUGUGGUUAUGGCACUGGAUAUGGCUGUGGCUAUGGCUAUGGCUCCAACUUCUGUGGCUACCGGCCAUUUUGGUAUAGAAGAUGUUAUUCCUCUUGCUGGUAGAACAUCACUGUCCAAGCCCCACUUGCUUCUGAAAUGACAUGCCUUAAUAGAGGGCUGAUUCAUGGAUCCAUUCCCAAGAUUUAUAUUUCCAAGUAAUUGCAUGCUUCAUAGGAGUUUUGACCUCAGGUGAACAUUUGUGGAUGACAUCUUCUGGCUUGAGGCUGUGUAGUAUUAUCUGACUAUUUUCCAAAUGUUAGUCUUUACUCCCCCAAUCUAGAUUCUGUGUUGUGACUGUGGCAAUGAUCCAUUCAUCCCACAUUUAACAAAUCCCAUAUUCUCAAUAAAAAUGGUUCU